AUGAUUUCUCUCUCUUUCCUUCCUCUCUUUAUUUCCUCCCUCUCUCUCCCCUUCUCUCUUCCCUUCCUCCUCUCUCUCUUCCUUUGCCCCUCUCUCUCUUCCCUUCCCCCUCUCUCUCUUCCCUUCUCCCUCUCUCUCUUCCCUUCUCCCUCUCUCUUCAGAGAUGCUUGUAAAUUCGAAUGCAUCACCGAGUCCUUGUUGGAGAAGAAUUAUUGCCCACCCUCCAACCUCAAUCUCUCUCUCUCUCUCUCUCUCUCUGAUUCUCUCUCUCUUUCUCUGUUUCUCUCUCACACUUUCUAUGUUUCUCUUUCUCUCUCUCCAUCUCUGCUUGUCUUUUUCUCUCUCACUCCCUGCCUCUCUGUCUUUUUUCUCUCUCUGCUUGUCUGUACUUUUUAUCUCUCUCUCUCUUUUCUCUCUCUGUCUUUUUCUUCUCUUUGUCUUUCUCUCUUUUUUCUUUCUCUCUUUUUUCUUUCCCUUUUUCUUUCCCCCUCUCUCUUCCCCCUCUCUCUUUUUUCCCUCUCUCUCCCUGCCUAUCUGUCUUUUUUUCUCUCUGCUUGUCUGUCUUUUUUAUCUCUCUCUCUGUCUUUUCUCUCUCUGUCUUUUUCUUCUCUCUGUCUUUUUUCUCUUUUUUCUUUCUCUCUUUUUUCUUUCUCUCUUUUUCUUUCUCUCUUUUUUCUUUCUCUUUUUUUCUUUCUCUCUUUUUUUCUUUCUCACUUUUUAUCUUUCUCUCUUUUUUCUUUCUCUCUCACUUUUUUCUUUCUCUCUCACUUUUUUCUUUCUCUCUCACUUUUUUCUUUCUCUCUUUAUUUUCACCCCUCUCUCUCUUCCCCCCUCUCUCGCUCUUUUCCCUCUCUCUCACGGGCGGGAUGUGGCGAGUCUCUCACUGCUCUUAAUGUUAUCUUGCAUCCCUCCGAACAUGUACGGGCAUUUUGCAUCUUUCCAAGUAUCUAUGGGGAUGUUGCAUCCCUCCGAGAAUCUAUGGGCAUGUUGCAUACCUCCACGUAUCUAUGGGCAUGUUGCAUCCCUCCGACCAUCUAUGGGCAUGUUUGCAUUCCUUCGAGUAUCUAUGGGCAUGUUUGCAUUUCACUGAGGAUCUAUGGGCAUGUUGUAUCCCUCCGAGCACCUAUGGGCAUUUUUGAACCCCAUCGAGUGUCUAUGGGCAUGUUGCAUCCCUCCGAGUAUCUAUGGGCAUGUUGCAUCCCUCCGAGUAUCUAUGGGCAUGUUGCAUCCCUCCGAGCAUCUAUGGGCAUGUUGCAUCUCAUUGAAUAUUUGUACUGA